UUUUGUAUUUUUUCUUCAAUAAACGAAGCAUUUAGAACAAAAAAUAAAUAUAUUGUGAAAUAAUAAAUUUUUCAGUUAAAAUGACUGCCGAACAGAAUGACAACGACUGCUUAGGAUGUAGAUUAGCUUCAGCGGGUGGUCUUUACAUUGCAAGUGUAUACAUUUAUCGGCAGUCUCUAGGAAAGACGAGAUUGAAUAGAAACGGAAUGAUUUUAAUAUCUACCGCAUUUGGAUUAGCAGGAACAGUUCGUUUAUUUAAUUUAUAUCCAAAAAGAAAACAACAGGCGAGAGUGAAUAUAAGGAAUGAUGAUAGUUGAUGAUAAAAAGGAGAACAAAAAGCGACUGAAGAAAUUCCUCAUGUCAUAUACAUAUUGAUAAAGUGUUUACAUAGCUCUAUUAUUAGCAAUUAAGAUCUUAAUAAAGGA